AUGCCCAGUACAGCGCGAAAAGGAAAGCAGACGGUUGCGUGGGGAGUCGAACGGCGGGUGUCUAUGGUGAAAGAUAGAGUGAACAAUCCAACCAGCCGUAGCUACGAUUUGGCAGGCUUCGUACCUGUUCGCAUCCUGAACUAUAACAGUACACACAAGAGCGUUUCACUGUUGGGGCAUUUUGUAAGCCUAUCGCGUGACGAUUACGUGAUCAUUGUGUUGGAAAAGACGGCCUUCACUGAGGGGCAGCUGAAAAAUCAUAAGCGUCAUCAAACGAUCAUGUGUGCAACUGGUGUUAUAGCAGCCGUCGAAAGAAGUUUUUCCUUAUCCACGUCCCAACUGAGGACGGAAUUUGUUAAUGAUACCUACGGAAAUUUUUUGUGCGUUGCUGAUCCGGAAGUAAAUCAAAUCAAGGUGACAAUCAUAUAUCCCGCUACUGAGAGGCAUAUUGUGAAGUUUUCCACCCAAAAAAGAUAUUUGGUGGAAGAAACUGCCCAAGAUUAUGAAACCGUGACAUUGCCUCAUAUACAAAAGGAGCAGCUAAGCUUAGAGUGGCUUUACAAUAUACUAGAGCAUCGGAAAGAGAAGGAUCGCAUAGUUUUUGAGGAUCCGUCAGAGGAAAUUGGCUUCAUAUUGUUGCCGGAUUUAGAAUGGGAUGGUAAAACAUUGGAACAACUUUAUCUACUCGCUUUAGUGCGCCAGCGAGGUAUCAAGUCAUUGCGGGAUCUUAACGCUACUCAUUUACCAUUGCUGAAAAAUAUUCAAACACGUGGCAUUGAAGCAAUUAAAACACGUUACGGGAUUAACGCUGAUCAACUACGAAUCUACAUUCACUAUCAACCCACAUUUUACCACCCACACGUGCAUUUCCCAUAUCUGAAGCACGACCCACCGGGUAUUUAUUGCGAGAAAAGUCACCUUCUAACAUCGGUUAUUGGGAAUAUCGAACUGCUACCAGACCAUUACCGGAAAGUGACACUCUCUUGCGUUUUAAGUGAAACUGAUAAACUGAACGUCAAAUUUGAGGCAGCAAAGAGCAAACUGAAUGAACCAGAUGACACCACAACCAACCGAUGAGAACCUCUACUGCCAGACGCACCCUCCCGUUUCAAACCCCCUGUAGCCCGUCGCUGGAUUACGACAGCUGAACAGCACAUAUCUUCAC